CCAUGAAAGAUCAAGUUCUUUCCCUCCCAGCCUUAUACUGUGGCUGAAAUGGGAGGAUCAUAAGGCCCAUAGUACACCUUGUGUUCACACUACGAACCAGAAAGACAAUUUCUCUGUAUAGAACCUACUCUGAAAUUGAGGCUAGACUGGAGAUACAAUCGAAAAUCAGAUUGCAAUUCACCCCCAAAAUCAAAUCGAAAACCCUAGGUCGCUGAUUUGGGGCAGAAACGGCGUCGUUGGCAGAGGAAGAGAUGUACGGCGGCGGAGGAGACGAGGAUGAGAGCAUGGGAUUAGGGACGAUGAGGAUGAUGGUGACUAGUCCUACAGGGCAGUGGGGCCCGGACGAGACGAGGGAGCUGAUCGCGAUCCGUGGGGAGCUGGAGAGGGACUCCUCUGUGGCCAAGCGCAGCAAGGCUCUGUGGGAAGCAGUCAGCUCUAGGAUGACGGCCAGAGGCUUCAGUCGAACUUCGGAACAGUGCAAGUGCAAAUGGAAGAAUCUCCUCAUUCGAUACAAGGGGAAGGAGACGUCUGAUCCGGAGAUUGGCAGGAAAUGUCCAUUCUUUGAGGAAUUGCAGGCGGUGUUUACUGAGAGAGAAAGGAAUAUGCAGAGAUUGCUGCUUGAUUCCGAGGCGGGUACUCCCCGUUCCAAGAAGAGGGUGAAGAAAGCGAGGUCAGGCCGAUCCUCAGAUGAGUUAUCGGAAGACCCUGAUGAGGAUGAGGAUGGUAGCAAUGGAAAUACUAAGAAGAUGAAGGCUGAAAGAGUGGUAAUGCCAAGAGUAACGAAUGCUACUGCAAAUUUUAGCAGUGGGAGUAGUAGUGUAACGGAAAUGCUCAAGGAGUUUUUAAAGCAGCAGCAGAGGAUGGAGAUUGAGUGGAGAGAAAUGAUGGAGAGGCGGGCACAGGAACGGCAGUUGUUUGAGCAGGAAUGGCGUCAGAGAAUGGUAAAGGUGGAGAGGGAGCGGUUAAUGGUUGAGAAAGCUUGGAGGGAGAGGGAAGAACAAAGGACGAUGAGAGAAGAGAGCAGAGCUGAGAGGAGGGAUGCCCUCAUAAACAGUAUCUUGAAUAAACUUAUCGAUCAAACUAACUUCUGACUUUGUCAAGUAAAUGGUUGAUUUAUUUUGUUUUGUUGUACAAGUUUGAGAGUCCUUUCCCCCAUCCAUUUAAGACCAGAUCAGAUUCUUCCAUGGAUGCUAAGAUUUACCAAAUUGCAUACUUGAUUUGCAGCUCUAGGCAGAUAGUGUAAGGGCACUUUCUGUUUGCAGCUUUAUUUUGUUUUGUUGUACAAGUUUGAGAGUCCUUUCUCCCAUCCAUUUAAGACCAGAUCACAUUCUUCCAUGGAUGCUAAGAUUUACCAAAUUGCAUACUUGUUUGCAGCUCUAGGCAGAUAGUGUCAGGGCACUUUCUGUUUGCCUCUUCAUGUAGUGUAUAUGUUGCUCUUCCAGAAAACUGUGUAAUUUCUCUUUCCUUUUCUUAUUUUUAGUAUUUUGAAGAAAGUAUUAUUCAUGUAAUAGUGUUGCAUUGCUCUUAAUGCAAAUGGAAAUUGGAGAUUGAAAUUUAAGUAUGCAUUGAAGAUUCUGACUUUCGUA